UUUUCCCAUUAGUUUCGGAAAUAGUGUCAAAGGAGGAAGUCGACGCAGCCGCUGUCGUAAACGACAAGUGCCUAAUAAGAAAAUAAUAAUGUCUAAUAGACCUGUAGCAUUUAAAAACCCUUUCUCUAGGCCAUGGAUGUCGGAAACUGGCGCAGCGGCUGCGGCUGGCGAAAAAUCGAAGGGUUUGAAAGGUGUUGUGGCCGGCGGUAUAACUGGUGGCAUUGAAAUUUGUAUAACAUUCCCGACGGAAUAUGUAAAAACACAGCUGCAAUUAGACGAAAAAGGUGGUUCUAAGAAGUACACAGGCAUCGGUGACUGCAUCAAGAAGACUGUUAAAUCUCAUGGAGUAUUCGGCCUAUACAGAGGACUCAGUGUGCUUAUCUAUGGAUCCAUACCGAAGUCUGCUGUCAGAUUCGGUGUAUUCGAACAAGCGAGAUUGUAUAUGUUGACGGAAGAUGGUACGUUGUCGACAACUGGCAAAUUGACUUGCGGUCUGGCCGCCGGAGUGUCCGAGGCCAUCUUCGCAGUCACACCUAUGGAGACGGUGAAGGUCAAGUUCAUCAACGACUUGAGGUUGGAGAAGCCAAGGUUCAGAGGAUUCUUCCACGGAGUCCGGACUAUUGUUAGGGAAGAUGGUAUUGGAGGUCUAUACAAAGGGGUGACAGCUACAGUAAUGAAGCAGGGAAGUAAUCAAGCCAUCAGGUUCUUCGUGAUGGAGUCCUUGAGGGACUGGUACAAGGGCGGAGACAGAGACAAGCCUGUACCUAAGUACAUCGUCGCGCUGUUCGGUGGUAUAGCAGGAGCGGCGUCAGUAUUCGGUAACACACCAAUAGACGUUGUCAAAACUCGAAUGCAAGGUCUAGAAGCAGCCAAGUACAAGAACACGUGGGAUUGCUUCAUCAAGACUUGGAAGGCUGAAGGUCCAUUCGCGUUCUACAAGGGCACCGUACCGAGGUUAAGUCGUGUAGUCUUUGAUGUUGCUAUUACUUUCACAAUUUACGAUUCCAUUAUGGAUCUUUUUAACUACGUUUGGAAGUAGUUUUUGAGACAUUAUUGCAUUUUACAUUGAUGUCUCCGCUUAUUGGGUCGUGAUGAUAACUUUGAUAAUAUGUACAGACGCAUGUGGAAAUAUGCUGAAUUAAAUUUCUUUAAUAGAUUUUCAAUCUUAUGACUUUGUUAGUAAAGUUUAAAAUCUAUUGAAGAUAUCCGUCUAGUUGGAAAAUUGUACAUAUCUCUUUAGAUUUUUGCAAUUAAACAUGAGUUUUAUGACAUAAUCAUCAGGACUUAAUAGGCCUUCUUAGUUUAUGUGACGGUAGGCUCAUAACUAGUUUAUAUUUUAUACCAAACAUACCAAAGUGAGCAGUUUUUAUUAUUAUUUUAUUUAUAUGUACAAAUCACGUGAACCUCGCAUUUAAAAUGGGUAUAAUGUGAUAUAUUGUAAUGAACUGGAACAACGAGAAACAAUAGGUUUUAUAUUAGCUAAUGGAUUUUUAAAUAACCAUGAUUCCCUGAGCUACCCUUAUUUGCUUAAAGAUUUACAACUUUAGCUCACAAGCAUAAGGUAGGAAUUUUGUUGAUGUUUGGUUUAGCUUGUGAUACACUUGUAGACAAUCUACCGUCACACACAUACGUAGAUUUAUUGAAAUUGAUUAUAGACUUGUUUUUAUUGUAGAUUUACAAAUAUAUUAUUAUGAAGCUGUGCUUGCGAAGUAAUUUUAAUGUUAAGUAUAAUAGGUACUUUGCUUUUAGGUGCAAAAUUCUGACGUCAUAGAUUGAGUUAUAAAAGGAUUUAAGUUUAUAAAUACUUAAAGUAUCCUUUUUUAUUAUUAUCAGCAUUGUUUGGUUCUAUGCAAUUUAUUUUCUACUCUAUUUAUUUGUUCUUUAGAUGCAUUGUUGAACUAUAAAAACUUAUUUGUAUAAUGACUAUUGUGGGUCAUACCUACUAUUAAUUUCAAAUGCCGGUUUGCUCACGUAAAUGUUGAGCUAUGCAAGUUUCAAGUCACAGCGGAGCUUUUCCUCAUGAUGCAUUUCAAAUAAUAAUUUCAACAAAAAGUUAUGAAAUAUUUUUCAUUUAAAUCUUGUUACUUAGCAUUAUGUUCCUAGUCUUCAAAUUUCUUAUAUUUAUUCAAACAAAACAGUCGAAACAUAGUCUUUAUGUAAUAAGUAAUAAGUGCUAUUUUAGAAACAUGUGUUUAACACUAUUAUUGAAUUAACUUAAUCUAUGAUGUGAACAAUAAAUAUUUCUAUAACUUACACUAAUGUAAGCUAUUGUUUUUGUGUUGUUGUAUUUUAUCGGUUAACGAUCGCAAGCGCAGCUUUCGAUCCUGGAUUCAAUUCCAGGAUCGGGCAAUAUCAGCCCAUGUUGAAUUGGCUAAGAUGUGUUGCGGUACUCCAAUGAUAUGGGUGUAAGCAGUUGUAGUAGGUAGUGGGGCAAAUUGUGGUUUACAGACAAUUUUUUUUUAAACAACAUAUCAACAACUUGUUUUUAAUUUUAAAUGCUGUAUUAUUUAUUUUUAUUCAGUCUUUGAACAAUAUAUUACAUUAUUUUAUUUAUAAAAUUUCAGUCACUGUCUUGAACAUCUGUAAAUUUGAGUCUAGAAAGCCUAGAGUUGUGCCUUAUUGAUGAAAGACAUAGUAUGAAAUUUCACUAGGCUGUAUCGAAAUCAAUAACCACGGCUGUACAAUAUACACUGAUGAUGUAAAAAAAAAAGUUUCACUAUUUUCCUAAUGAGUCCUACCGUAUUUUUGCACAUUAGCGGCGUUCGGCGCUCUGAUUGGCCGGAUCCAAUGAACUAACCAAUCAAAGCGAGUGUAAACCUCUCGUCCUUCGUCCAAUAGGAAUUUAGCCAGUGUCACGUCAUUGGACGUUCAAUAUUUGACAGCUGCUGUGAUUGGACAAAGAGCCUCUAUAUUGGUUUGCACCCUGGUGAGCAGAAAUACGGUAACCUCCAUUACUACACUGCUGCUUCCACUCAUAUCCACGCUUUCCCCCUUUAGGGGAGUAUUAAAAAGUAGUGUUAGUCUGUUAAAACCAGGGUUUUGUUUAUUUAUUACAAUUUAUUUAUAUUUUUAUUCCUUUAUUAUAUUACAGAGCGGGAGUAUAAAUAUGUAUAACUAUGUGAUUAUAUUUACCGGGUUUUGUGGCUGUAUAUUAUAUUUAUUUGUUUAUUUUUGUAUGUUUUUAUUAGCAUUUUGUAAUUUAUAUGAACCUUUUAGCUGAUUCUGUCGUUGUUAUUAUGGAUUAGAAGCGAAAUGUUUUUAUAAAUUGUUACAACAUAUAUAGAGUAGGUAGGUUUUCUACUAUAUUUUUAUAUCUGAUUAUGUCAAUGUUUGUAUGAAUUUUCCGUGUCAAAUGUACUGGUGUAUUUUUCUUGUUAUGUUGCUAUAUGUUUGAAAAAAAGAUGGUUUAUUGGUCUUUAUGGACAUGUGUGUGAACCUGAUUCCACAUGUUGGCCCCAAUUUAGUCCACAAUGUGUAUGUACAAAGUCGGUGGUUACUCCAACAUUGGGGCCAAUUCUACACACUGGGCGAGUUGCAUUAGGGUCAAGUUGUGGAGCCGGGGUGAAUAAAAAAUAAGUCUAAGACGCUUAUAGAA